AUGACAUCUAUUACGAAUGACUCUGAUGCUACUACGACCGAAGAUGUCACUCAAUGGGGCAUUGAAGAAGUAUUGAUAUGGUGCGAGCAGAAAGUACGCUUUGGCAGCGACGCCGUGCUAGAUCAAGUACGAGACAGCUUUCGCGAGAACGAAAUAGACGGCGCGUCAUUACUAGAGCUGGAUUUGAACGAUUGCAAGCAGCUCACAGACAACAAUUCGAAACUGGCAGUGCAGUUGAAGUUGGAGAUCAAUCGAUUGAAACACCAAAAACGUUCUCAGGAGGAUGAGAUUUUGACUGUCCUGAGCCAGCUGUAUUCGACUGUAAGCGACAAGCUGCAGGAUUUUCAAAGCCAAUAUGCGCGGCUCAGGCUUGACGUGCUCGAAGUAGUCAAGAAGGAUUCCCUCGCACCGCAAAUUCAAACGACACAGAGUGGCGCAAUCCAGUCCCAGCACCAACAACCUCAACACGACUACUUUGAAGGGCAUCGCGUGGUGACUCCCGGGUCGCCCAACACGCCAGCGGUACGACAAGGGCUUAACAAUUCCACCACCGCCUCACAGCAAUCUCUGACCGCUGCAAAUAGCACUACUCCUACCACAUUGUCUGCUACACAGCAUGCCGGCAAUGCUGGUAGUGAGCCUUUGAAACACAUGCGUGCCUCUAAGGAAGACUCUUGCGAACGAAUUUUAAAAAGUGCAAUGAAACGUCACGGUCUAAGCGAGCAAGACUGGCGGCAAUACGUCCUAGUCAUAUGUUAUGGUGACCAAGAACGAAUGUUGGAGCUGGAUGAGAAGCCCGUGCAGAUUUUCAAAAACCUUAAGCAGCAAGGCCUGCACCCUGCCAUUAUGCUGCGGCAGAGUGGUGAUUUCGAAGAAGUAAAUGGCGGCUUGACCACGCCUGGUGGCAGAUUGUAA